AUGGAUCACCGGAAACCUCGACAGGAUCCGGUCAACGACGCUCGCUUCUACGAAUCACUCAUCAAACCGCCACACUUGAGAACUCCUGAUGUCAGUUCUGCAAAAAAAACCAUAAUAAUUAAAAUGAAAAAUGCACGUCAAAACUUGAAUCAUUUUCAUGAAUUUCAGGAUAUUCGAAAUGUGUACGAGCAGUUGCGGCAGCUUGACACAUUCAGCAAUUUGUACAAUGCGCCGCUGAAGGCGAUUUGUCACACGGCCCGAUAUGAACGCCAUCCGGCACAGUUUAUACUUUUCCGGUGAGUUUUUGAAUUUGAAAUAUAGAUGAAGCUGAAAAUUCUGAAACAAUGAAAAAAAAAAUUGAAAAUAGCGCGAGCAGCGACUAAAGUCGGUCUAGCAGCGCCGAGGUCCAGGCUCAUGAACUAAUAUAGUACUUGCCUUCCUCAUUUUUAAAUGGAAUAUUUUGUGUUUUCACAGCCGUAAAAGUCUGACAAUCGCGCUCUACCGCUCUUUGGGUAAAUUCAGUUUCCCUAUGGGAUUGCAGUAGAGCGACAUAGAAUUCUGCAGUUCUAAUACAUUUUUUCUAUAUAUGUCUAUAGACACACUUGUUUUCACACAUUUCGAUCUUGACCUACAUGGCGGCAAGUCAGCUUAUUCAAGUACUUGUCACCUAAUUUUUGUUAUGGUUCAGAGUGUUCCUUUACUCUUGCUUUCGAACCGAAAAAUCAUCUAAUAUCCUAUUUAUAAUUUGAAAAUUCUUGCAGAGACGGUGACAUGGCUCGUAGUUGGUACAUCCUGCUCUCCGGCUCCGUCUUCAUCGAAAAUCACAUUUACCUGCCGUACGGAUGGUGAGUAAAUAUAGUUUGUAAAAAAAACUGUGAAAAGAAACUUGCCGUCGUUGUCCACUCUUUGUCCACACACGCACACACACACAAAAACAAUGUGGUCACUUUAUGGCGAACGGGCUGAAACUGACGCCCCCUUUACUAAAAACGAUGACUCAACAUCGCAUAGUAGUUUUGCCCCCCCCCCCCCCGCUAUAAUUCCUCUCUUCCUUUUCUUCUUCUUCUUGUGCCGAAGAAAAUUCGUACUAGGUCAUAAAAAUGUGCGUGUCUCGGAGAAGAACACCGCCGGACACCCGUCGUCCAGCCGCGGUGUGUGCGUGCUCAGUUCGCGUUUCGGUUCGGAGCACAUUUGAUGAAGAGUAUUUAUAAUGUCCGCGACGAGUUAUUGCUCUUCUUUUGCACUUUCCCCAUCCCGCUUCCUCUCACCUCUGUCUAUCUCUUUUUAAUCGAAUUUGUAUGAAAUCUAGAUUGAUACCCGAUCAGGUGAUAAUAUGAUAUGACACACUUUCCAUACGAUGUUCGGAAACGAAUUCACUUUCAUUUUCAAAAUGAGUUAUGACCCGUCGAUUGGGUGUUGAAUUUGACCAAAUCCCAUUACAAAACGGGCAUAUAACUGGUUAUGCGCUCUUUUGGGUCCAUUCUCCAUUCCAUUCUCUUUUAUUUUUCCCUACUUUCCCGAAUGUUUUCAAAACGCAAAAUUGAGUCAUCUAUUUUUCUUGAAUUCUCUUAAAUCACGCAACGAUGGCUCCAUUUUGCAUUUUCCGAACUAACACAUUUUUGUAUCCUUUGCUCGCUAGCUCGCCGUCCACUCUUCUCUCCUGCCGCCCACAAAUAAAUUGAGGUUCUGAGCGAAUUGAUGGGAGAAGAAAAGAGCAAAGAAAAGAGAGACUGUUUGCACUCGAAAUCCUCUUGUUCUUCUUCGUUUCGUUGCGUUUCCCUUCGGGCCGGCCGGUCGUCCCUCGAGGCCUUGUUGUGUUCAUUCAGCGGUCAACACGCCUUUUCCCCCCUCUGUCCUUUUUUCUUCAUCGUUUUUCACCCGUUUCCGCACUUUUUCACCACUCCGAGAUUGUAUUUUAUCCUUCCGCACGGUUUCCGCGCGGACAGUUGGUAUCGGGUUACCAGCCGCGCGCAGAUUGUUUUUUGCUUCGCGGCAUUGCAUGUCCGUUGCGGAAGCGGGAACAACAACUGAGAAAUGAAUGCAAAAAACAAAAACGUUUCCUUAUUGCAGCUUUGGAAAACGAAACGGUCAGAAUCAUCGAAGAACACACAACUGCGUGCUUUUACAAGAAUCCGAAAUGAUUGUGGUAAGUCUAUGAAACGAACUCAAAAGAACGAAAGCGCUUCUAGUGUGUUGUACACGAAACGAUUAUUGGAUUUAUACUUGAAUCCCUCAUUCUCCCCACUCGGUACACACACAAGCGAACAAAUUUGAUAAAUAUCCGCCGAAUUCGAUUGACCGCCGCCGCGCCUUUUGCCACUUUAAACAUGUUGUUCUUCAAGUGUGACAAGUCAAGAUGACACGUGUCACACAAGCUUUUUCGUAAACUUCCUCCUCAAAUUGUCAUUGCAGAUUGAUUAUCCGACGGAUUCGAAUGGAAUGUCGCCGAGAACACCGCCACGUGGCAGUGAGCCGGUUCAUCAGAAAACGCCACGCAAGUCGGUAAGAAUCAUUUCUGUGGAAUCUGAAAUUGUUUCUUGGGAAAUCGCGUGAUAAGAAGCCAUAUUGCAACGGCUCGGGCGCUCGCCCCCCGUUUCAUUAGUUUUUCGCUUUUUCGCCCGUCUAAUACCCCAUUCCUCCCAUCGUUUUCUCAUUUCUGACUCAUCUCCUCUCUUUCAUUUGGUCGGGAUUACCUCAUGAAAUUGGUUUUUCUUGAAAUUCUUUCGCAACGAAUCUUCAUCUAUCGCAACAUUUGUUGAAUUUUUGAAUAAACAAGCGACAGCGCCGAAUUUAAAAGCUUCUAGAGCUGUUUUCAACGACAUUUCAAAAUUUCAGGCUCCCAACAUGUCCCUGGACUCGCUGGCAAUGCCUCCUCCGCCCGUACCACCGCGCCCACUCCGGCUCCCACCGACAGCCGCCAAAGGCCCAGCCCCUCUUCCGCCACGUGGAUUGCCACGAACCUAUCCACUCGAUUUUCCGGUCGACGUGCCCACCACGUCAUCUUCCUCAUCCACAAACACCUCCUACAAUGAUCAGCAUCGCAGUCAGGUGUACCUGAAUGGACUGUCGGCCGACGAGGACACACUUGUCAGAGUGAAACACAGACGCGAAAAGAGUAAUUCGGUGGGCACAAACGGAAUGAGCACCGCGCGGAGACUUCGCGGAAGAAGCACAGCGUCCUCGACGACGACAGAAGGAGAAACUGCGUCGAACGAGGGAGCGGAUUCGGACGAAGAGGAGGGGAGCAUGCCUUCGCAAGAAUCCAGUGGUGGCGGAUUCGUGGAUUUGCGGGAUUCUGUCAGAGAGUGCCUCGAAAAAGAGCCGUCCGAGAGGAAUUCAGAAGAUCUCGCAGUUCUUCUCGAUUUCAUGCAACACAUGUCAGCAUUCGCCGCUCUUCCGAUGUCGAUUAAACGACAAUUGUGCCUCAAAAUGGUCUUCGCAGUGGUCAACGACGCCGGCACAGUUGUGCUGGCUCACAACGAGAAGCUCGAUUCGUGGUCGGUGAUUGUGAACGGAUGCGUGGAAGUGGUGAAGCCGUCCGGCGAACGUGUCGAGUUCAAACUGGGCGAUUCUUUCGGUGCCGAGCCAACACCGUCCAUUCAAUACCAGGUGGGCGAGAUGAGGACUCUUGUGGACGAUUGCGAGUUUGUGCUCGUCGAGCAUCGCGACUUUUGCUCAAUAAUGUCGACAAUCGGAGAACACAUUGAGAAGGAUCGGGACGGACUUACUGGAGAAGUCGUGUCAGAAGUGGAAAGGAGGACGGUGGGAACGCAUUGUGGACAAGUGCUAAUCAAAGGAAAACCGGACAAGUUGAUACAACAUUUGGUGGACGAACGGGAUCACAAUGUGGAUCCUCAUUACGUCGACGACUUCCUGCUGACCUAUCGUGUUUUCAUCAGAGAUCCGACCACGAUUUUCGAAAAACUAAUGCUGUGGUUCGCAGAUUCGGUCUACAGAGAUAAAGUCGCACGACUCGUACUUUUAUGGGUCAACAAUCAUUUCAACGACUUUGAGACGAAUGAUGAGAUGUGGAACCUUCUGGAAAGAUUCGAAGGAGCUCUUGAAAGGGACGGAAUGCACUCUCAGCUCUCGCUUCUCAACAUUGCUUGUUCUGUGAAGGCGAAACCGCGGCAGGUUGUGCUCACCAGAAAGAAAGACGACAAAAUUAUGAUGCGAUUGGUUGGAGGCCAGGAUACGGGAAGCUCCGUCUUUGUCGCAGAAGUGUUUCCGGACACCUCGGCAGCCAGAGAAGGCGUCAAGAGAGCCGACGAGUUUCUGGAGAUCAAUCAGCAGUCGGCCAAGUACUUGUCAGCCAAAAAAGCGGACGAACUGCUCACCGGUUCACUUUCCCUGACCCUAAUGCUUAAGAACAACGUGCUUGGGUACAAGGAAAUAAUCGGAAAGAUUGAGCACACGAAGCCAAAGAACGGAGCGGCCCGGGCGUCUGGAGUCGUGCCGAUGGUAAUUCCAGUGCACAAAACUUCGAUUUCCGGCAAGAAAGGAUCGACUGGCAGCAACAAAUCGAGUAUGAUGGACAAAUUGAUGACGAUUCUGAAGUCGGGAAAAGAGGGCGACGCUGGAGCGGAUUUCACCGACGAAGCCAGAAUAUCGUCGGCCGAGUUGCGACCGAGCAGAUCGAAUCCCGACAUCACAAGCAUCUCGCAGUAUUACGGACCAGUGAGAAGCGAGUGUCCGGAGCACGUGCUCAAGAUUUAUCGCAACGAUCAGACGUUCAAAUACCUGCCCGUCUACAAGGAGACAUCCGCCCAGAACGUGGUUCAACUCGCCCUCCAGGAGUUCAAUAUGACGGCCGAGGGCAGUCCCGAAUGGUCACUUUGCGAGUGUACUGUAACUAUGGACGGAGUCAUCAAGCAGAGAAGAUUGCCGCCGCAAAUGGAGAAUCUCGCGGAGAGAAUCGCUCUCAACUCGAGGUAAGACUUCUGAGAGUUUUUUUCUCUCUUCAUCCUAAAAAUUUCAACCAAUUUUCAGGUACUAUCUGAAGAACAACAGUAGGUCAGAGCCCCUGGUACCGGAUGAGUUGGCUCCGGAGUUGCUCAAAGAGUCGCAGACGCAAUUGCUCAGUCUGAAUGCUCAAGUGGUGGCCGCGCAGCUCACUCUCCAAGACUUUUCGGUUUUCUCGGCCAUCGAACCGACCGAAUUCAUUGACAAUCUGUUCAAACUGGAUUCCAAGUACGGUUCUCCGAAACUCGAAGAGUUUGAGAUGCUCUUCAACCGCGAAAUGUGGUGGGUGGCCACCGAGAUUUGUACGGAACGGCAUGUGCAAAAGCGGGCGAAACUCAUCAAAAAGUUUAUAAAAGUGGCGAGAUAUUGUCGCGAUUUGAGAAAUUUCAACUCAAUGUUCGCCAUAAUGAGUGGGCUGGACAAACCGGCGGUCAGGCGAUUGCACUCGAGUUGGGAAAGGGUAUCCAGGUGCGGUUUUUUGAAAGCAGAACAAUGCAAUCUUUGUUUUUUUUUCAGCAAAUACAUUCGGAUGCUCGACGAGAUCCAUCAACUGGUCGACCCCUCCCGAAACAUGUCCAAAUACCGUCAACAUUUGGCCGAAGUGGCUCAGGAGCCGCCCGUCGUGCCCAUCUACCCGGUCAUCAAGAAAGAUCUCACAUUCGCCCACGACGGAAAUGCGACGUACGUCGAGAAGCUCGUCAACUUCGAAAAGCUCCGGCUCAUCGCCAAAUCGAUUCGAGGAGUCAUGAAAUUGAGCAGUGCUCCGUACGAAAUUGCCAGCAUGGCCGAACGGAGCGGCGGAAUUGUGAUCGACGCGCUGCUCCACAUGAACACGUUCGAGAACUCCAACGUGGCGACGAUGCGGAAAGGAAUGGGCGGAAAACAGAAUCAGCCGCGGAAGAAGGUGUACGAGCAGGCGCUGAUGGUGCGGAAAGUGAAGGCGUAUCUGGAGGGAUUGCAUGUGGUCGACAACGAGAUGGAGCUGGACGCCAUGAGCUACGACAUUGAGCCACAGGUUCCAAGUAAGAUUUCACCUUUCUCGAAGCCUUUUCUUUAUUGCGCUCCCGUUUGCAGCCGCCCGUGGUCCGUCCGCCUCCUCCUCAGCCAACAUCCGUCGUGUCCCAUCGCCAACGCCCUCCUCCUUGUCCUCCCAGUCCACCGGCUCCGCAGAUCAAUCCUCGCGUCAUCGGCUUCUGCUCAACGGAAACGGUUCCAUCGGAGGCGGCGCGAAAUUCGGUGUCGAAUCUCCGCAGGCAGUGCAGAAAAUGUUGGCGUUAGUGCAGAAUUCAAAAGUUAAAGGUUCGUUUGGUUCGACGCCUUCAGAGAGCACCGCUUCUUUCCGUUUCUCUCCGUUGUAUUGUACUCUAUCCCUAUCUGUGACCUCUUUUCCAGGCGCCCCUCCUCCCAUCACUUCCCCCUCGGCAUCGGCCCGAUCUUCACUUCAACGGAACAUGCCACGUGUGACCGGACGUCAAUCGGCCACGAAUUCUCAAGGUCCCGUGCAACUGAACGAGGAGACGUCGACAGUGACGACGUACUAUCAGUCAGGUAUCCAUUCCCUACCGUAUCCAAUCUUUUCACCGUUGUCGUGUACAGUGUACAGAGUGUAGUGCCCUUUCCAGAUGUUCUCAUCUAA